AUGAAGCGUAACAGCAGCAAAAAAGGCGAGUCAGGGAAAAGUCCGGCAAGAAAGAAUGCCGCGGGUAAAAGCAGAAAUCGGACGGGCAGCAAAUCUCCUUCUGCGAAAAAAAACCCAGUGGGUAUUAGUGCAGCGGAGGAGCAGAAGAUGAAGUUUCUUGAGGAGUACGUGUCUAAGAAUACCUGGGUGUGCAUACGAUACUUUUUAUUUCUGUAUACCCUCGCCGGGUGGUCGAACGUCCGACGCUUCUACGGCGAAAAUGUGUUCGCACUGGAAGCGCCAACGUCUCCAGCAAGAGCGCACAUCACCUCCUCGCACCAGGACAUCCUUGUCGAAUUCCUCCUGUCUGCGCUUUUGGCUGUCGGCUACAUCCUGGGUGAGCAGAACUUGAAUCGACUCCCAUUGCCGCCGCCCGACUUUUUCACACACAAGGUGCAGCUCUCGCGGUUUUGCCGCGCGGUGUUUCUCACUCGACACGGCAACUACCUGCAGUGCAUUCAUUUCUCGGUGAACGCUUUGCGGUGCGGUUUGAUGAUGGUUGAUGUGUCUAUAGUACCCGUUUCCGUUCUGCCGGUGCAGCGAGCGCUGAUCCAGAAAUUAACACUUCUGACAAGCGCGAACGCGAUGAUCUGUGCCGUUCUGGGCACAACCGUCACCGUGUUGUACCUCGCGUUGGUCGUUCCCAGCCCGGCUUUUCAGCAGAGGCACGAGGAAGUUUGGGCUGCCUCCAAGGGGACCCUCCAUCUGAUAUCAAAAGGAAAAAUCCCCCCACCCCAUAUCAAAAAGAAGUUUCUGAUGCUGGAUUUCAGCACACGAAUCAGAUUUGUCUUGCAGUAGAGGACUGCAGGCAUAUGCCAAGCCUGAGCCGCGAUGUUUUGGCGUAGGCUCCUACUAGCAUGAAAAAUGUUGAUGGUGUAGGCCCAACAGCAUCACAAGUCGCCUGCUAAAUGCGGCGGAUUCUCUGGAUUUGCCUGCAUACAAGACAGACAGGAUUUGUGGCCACAAAUCCGCAUCACAGAUUUUCAGAAGGACGCGCUUUCAAUAUGGGCAGGGGGAUUUUUCCUCACAAUAUCUGAAGCGGGCGAUGCACACGCAGCACGUGCUCGGGUUGACUGCGGCCCUGGUAGAUUUGCUGUUCCUGCGAAGACCGGGCAUUUGUGCCGUGGCGUUGCCACCAGAAAAUAUCUGGUACAACGGUGCGUUCAUUCUCAUUUUCGCCUCCUACUACCUGACCCUGCUUGUCUUCGUGUAUCACGAGACGGGCGCAUUUCCAUACCAGUUCAUGCUGGUACUGUACGCGAAGGGAUGGAGUUACUGGUUUGCCUUCGUCGCAUUUUUGGCCUUACUGGUUAACGGCUUCAUGUUGCUGCUGACUUUUUUAGUGUCUAAGACCUGCGCGUUGUAGUCAGUGUGAAUAAACUUCAGUGUAGCCCGCGUGCUCGAGGAUAUAUUUCUUUCCUUAGUGUGUGGCACGAAAACGAAUACAUCCAAUUUCAAGGACUCCUUUCAAUUUGAUCCAUCACGACACCAACAUCGGAG